AGUUUUAAAUGUCCCCUCAGCUGCAGCAGCUGGUGGAGCUGAUUCACUCUGAGCAGGCAACACAUCACCAUCAGAGGGGUGGACAGUGAAGCUUCUUACAUUACUCACGGAUCAUCCACUAAGACUUUAGACUUAUUCAGUUUUAUAAACUCCACUCUGAAGAUUUCUCCUCCUCUCAUCAUCACUGCAGGCUCCCUCUGUACCUCUCAUCACGGCAGCCUGAUGCCGCCGGUGUUAACCAUGCCCAGCAUGAACUAUGAUUACGACUAUGACACGGUUCAGCCAUACUUCCUGCUGGAUGGUGAGGAGGAGGACUUCUACCCGCCCCCUCGCUCCCAGCUCCUCCCAGGCCCCGGUGAGGACAUCUGGAAGAAGUUUGAGCUCCUGCCGACGCCCCCCCUGUCGCCGAGGCGCAGAUCCUCCUUCUGUGAAGUCCCGCUGUCCGCCGCUGAACACCUGGAGGCGGUGUCUGACCUGCUGGAUGACGACUGCGACCCCUCAGCUGCCCUUCUCCAGUCCUUCAUCAUCCAGGACUGCAUGUGGAGCAGCAGCUUCGCGGCGGCCGCCAAGCUGGAGCGGGUGGUGUCCAAGAGGCUGGCCGCGCUGCAGGCCCGGCGAGACUCCUCCACAGACCGAGCAGCCGCUGAUGAGCAGGUGUGCAGCUCUCAGGUGAACUCAGAGUACCUGCAGGAUUUCCACACGGCAGCGACGGACUGUAUCGACCCCUCCGUGGUGUUUCCGUGUUCCACGCUGAGCGAGAGGAGCGAGGGGAGCGAGGACGGGGCAGACGUGGAGGUGACAUCAGAGCUGUGUCUGGACACGCCGCCUCUCAGCAGCAGUGACAGCGAAUCAGAAGAAGAAGAAGAUGAAGAGGAGGAAGGCGAGGAGGAUGGCGAGGAGGAUGAAGAGAUCGACGUGGUGACGGUGGACAGGCGGAAGUUGUCCCAGCGGUCAGACGGCGGCAGCAAACCGAGCCCGUCCCCUCUGGUCCUGAAGCGCUCUCACAUCGACGUCCACCAGCACAACUACGCCGCCGCCCCCCAGCAGCCUGCGGGGAAACGCUUCAAGCCCCAAGGCGUCUGCUCGCCGCUGAGGCAGACCCGCAAGUGCCACAGUCCUCGGUCGGACGGCGAGGACAACGAGGACAAACGCAGGACUCACAACGUGCUGGAGAGGCAGCGCAGGAACGAGCUGAAGAGGAGCUUCCUGGCUCUGAGGGACCAGAUCCCGGCGCUCGCCAACAACCAGAAAGCCUCCAAGGUGGUGAUCCUGAAGAGGGCGACGGAGUUCGUGGAGGAGGUGAGGGAGGACGAGAGGAGGCUGCUGACGAUGAAGGACGAGCUGAGGAAGAGGAGCAGAGAGCUGAGGCACAGACUGAAGCAGCUGAGGACUUUACCGUGACACCGGAGCUGCUGCUGACUUCUUUAAUGAAGAAUCUGAAAAAUAUUUAUUAAAGUAAAUAUGAAAAUAAAGACUCACCUGAACGCUGGAACUACAAGGACCAUGAUGCACUGCUCCACAGGCUCUAUACUCUGUCACACUGUGUGUGUGUGUGUGUGUGUGUGUGUGUAAAUAUUGAUGUUAUGACAGUUUUUGCACUAUUCCUCUAAAAACUGAUUUAUUUAAGUUUACACAGAAUAUGAAUACUGAGGAGUCGGUGUGUUUCAUCCUCCGGCUGACUGUAAUCAUGUCCAUCAAUAAUUUAAUCAUAGUUUAACAUUCCCGAAGGCGUGGACCUGUUAUUGUAUUUUUAUAUUUUUGUAUUGCCUCCUUUAUCAGAAGUGUUUCAAACCCUUCAAAAUAAAAGCCCUUCUUCCAAAGGAGGUCCUUCAAUCUCA